AUGGCGGUCACCGCCGCCGGCUGCUCCGACGGUUCGGUUCCCCUCUCGGAAGCGCGACGCCACGCGGCGGCGCCGGCACGGGCGCCCAAUCUCCGGUUCCCCGUCACGCCCCCGCCCAGUCGUGCAGCCUCGAAGUUGCCGCAGACUAGCCAUGACGACGCGGCGGCCCGCGAGAUCCCGGUUGCUGUCGCCCUGCUACUCGCGGCCGCGGCCGCGAGCGUGGCCACCCCGCCCACCGCGAUCGCUGCCUCCGGCGGCUCCAUGGGCGGGCGCUCCUCCUCAUCGUCUUCGUCCUCUAGCUCCUCUUCUUCAACAUCCAGCAGCUCCUCCUGGUCCUCCUCAACAUCCUCCAGCUCGUCCUCCUCAGGACCAUCUUGGUACGAUUCUUCGACGACCCACGAGUCGGUCGGGACGGCGGCCGCACCACCCCGGGCUGCUGCGGACGUCGACCCCGCCGUACUCGUGCAAGCGUGGCUGAUGCUCAUCGGCCUCAUUCUCCUGGCCAUCGCCGUGUGGCACUACACCCGGCCGAGGAGGACCGUGGUCAAGCUCCAGGUUGCGUUGCUGGGCUUGGCAAAGCCGUUUCAGAAGGAACUGAACGAGAUUGCUGACAAGGUGGAGGCUUCCAACCAGCGUUGGUAUAAGUUCAUAUUGACAGAGACCAUAUGCGCCUUGAACCGUCACAAUGAUUGCUGUGUCUCUUCAAGCUUAUCAGCUGAUGUCAAAGUUGGAUCGGAUUCUUGGGAGGGGCACUUCGAUAAAAUUUCUCUGGAAGAGAGGAGCAAAUUUGAUGAAGAAACACUUUACAACUUGGACGGAAUCAAGCGGAAGAAAGAGUACUCCAAAAAACCAGAUGGCUUCAGCAACGAAUAUAUAGUGGUAACCAUCCUAGUAGCUGCGGAUGGAGCAAUGAAGUUCCCAGAAAUCAAAAGACCCGCUGAUCUGGUAGCAGUACUGGAAAAACUUAACUCUAUACCUACAAGAGAAAUCCGGGGUGUUAAUGUUUUAUGGACUCCUCAAGAAGAGAACGACGUUCUUUCCGAAGAGCGGCUUCUUGCGGAUUAUCCUAAUCUGAAGCCCCUGAGUGAUUACUAG